GUUUCUAACACUCACCCUGAAGACAACAAGAUCAGACAUGAAGACCUGUCCAAGAUCUUAGCGAGCGUCCACAGUGUCCACAGCAAACAGGAGAACAUCAACCUCAGACUGGCCUCGCUCAAGAGGGAGAAUGAAGCUCUGUGGAGGGAGAUAUCAGACCUACGACAGAAACACUCUCACCAGCAACAACUUAUUAAAAAGCUGAUACAUUUCAUCAUCACGCUGGUGCAGAGCAAACACAUUCUGAAUCUGAAACGUAAAAGGUCAAUUCUUAUGAACGGCAAAGGAAAAAAAGCCAAAUACAUCCAUGAGAUUUCUGAUGAGAAGUCGUGUGUUGAUCAGGGACGUAGAAAUAAUUGAAGUUGAGUUUGAAAGCUGUGAGGACCUGUCAGCUGACUCUGAGAUGAGCUCCACCUUUACAGACCAGGAUGUUCAACAGACAGAAGAGAACCAGAAAACCAGUUCUUCAGACAAUAGUGGACCAACCAGCUGUGGACCAACCAGCAGUGGACCAACCAGCUGUGGACCAACCAGCUGUGGACCAACCAGCAGUGGACCAACCAGCAGUGGACCAACCAGCAGUGCCCUGCAGCUCAACAAGCCCUCCAGUCUAAAUCUAGAAGACCCUGUGAAGAUAAUGGACUCAAUACUGAACGAGAACGGUGCAAUAUCACAAAACAUCAAUCUACUGGGCAAGGUGGAGCUCAUGGACUAUCUGGACAGCAUUGACUGUAGUCUGGAGGACUUCCAGGCCAUGCUGUAUGAGAAACAGUUUGGAGUAGAUUUUGACUCUUUGGAGGAGAACACUUGUAAAGAGAACACGAAGCAGCCAGUCAAAGAGAACACAGAUAAACAGCUGAUCCAGUACACCUCCUGCCCCCUGCUGGCCUUCCUGGACGGUUACACCCUGUCUUCAGAGCUGGACCUCGGUCCUUCUGGCACAUCGAGCACAGACUCGGCCCAGACCCAGCCCGUGUCCUGCUCCGGGGUCUGCGUGGACUCUGAGCCGCCCUCUGAGCUGCUGGACAGCAGUCUGGACUGGAAGCAGGUCCCUCACAGCUCCCUGAUCCGCCUGGAGCCUCUGACGGAGGCCGAGGCCAGCCAGGAGACRCUGUUUUACCUGUGUGAGCUGAGUCCAGCUGAGGCCGAGGCCGGAUCCGAUCCAGCUGAGGAGAACCUGGAGGAGCACAGGCUGCAGUCCUCAGGCCCGUUAAAGUCCUCUGAGCUCAGUUUAGGUGUUUGUGAAUAAAAGAUGGACAGCUCUUCUUCUCAACGUGUUGACUGAAAACGGUUCUGCUGGUCCAGAUCAGUCCUCCUGGAUCAAACAAACUGGGUUCUGGUCUGUGUCUGCACAGCUUUGUUCUACGUUCAGAACCAGUUUGUUCUGCUCUCACAAACAUCAAGAUUUUCAAAGUAAAACAACCUGAAGAUCAGUUUUUUUCUGUCAUGUCUCAGUAGAGUUUUUAAAACAUCUGCUGAAACAUCAUCUUUCCUGGUUCUGGUUCUGGUUCUGGUUCUGUGCUGCGGAGCUUCCAGAUGGUACCUCAGGUGGUUCUGUUCCUCUCUGACACCAGUAGCAAAUGUUUGUUGGAGCUGCUGUCAGAACCUGAACCGCUCAACAUUUCACACAUACAACAGAAKCUCUUCAAGAAAAUCUGGACUUUUCACUUGUUUUGUUGGACACAGAACUGGUUCUUACUGAAACCCUGAUCUGGAUCAYGGUUUCAGGAAGAACCACAUUAAAGACCAGGUGCAGGAGUUCUGAUAUGUUUUAGAUUAAAUGAACCAAAACAMAAAGUUCUGUUUGCUCCUGACGUCCAGGAGAAUUCAGACAAACUGAGAUAUGAGUCUGGUGGGUCAGCUGAGGUUCUGGACCAUCUGAGGCCGGGUGUAGGGUCUGUGGGACCGGACCUUCUGUUUGGAGCUGAGCUGUAAUUUAUUUCUGCUUUCUAAUAAAAACAUGACUUUAUUCUCUGUAGUUGUUGUGAGCCAUGAACCUGAAAUAAAGUCUUCUUUCGUAACAUC